AUGGUGGGUUUCAGACUAUUGGCUAUUAAGACAACUGAUCAAUCGGAUUCAAACCCAAAUAGAGAUCUUAAAUCUAUAACUAUUCGUCUUAUUGAGCUUACACAACGUACGUCUAUGGCGAUGAAAUUUCAUGAUCUCCCAGACACUCCACAAGAAAUGGAUAUAUUUUCUGCAUUUGGUCAAACUAUUCCAAUGGUAGUUGAUUCUAUGCCAGUUGUUGCCGCAUUAAAAAACUUUUGUCAUGAAAAUGCUGAAAAUGUUAAUUUAGUAAUAAUUCCAUGGGGUGGUGCUGGUGAGAUAAAAGAUACGCAAAAUGAAAAUACAAAAGUCCAUAUCACACGUGAUAAAAAGAAUUGUUGUCAUGAAAAUGCUAUAAGUAGUAUUUCGGUAAUGAUUCCAUGUUGUGGUGUCAGUGAAAUAAAAGAUUCUGAUACGUCAAAUGAAAAUGUGGAAAAUCAUAUUGCGGAUGAGAAAGAUUUCACAAGUCCUCAGAUUGCAAAACUUGUUCAGACCAUUUUCAAUGAGAUUAAGAUUUAUGCAAGUGUGGGCGUGUUUGUUGAUCGUGGUCUUAGUAGUGCAAUCAGUGCAACUACAUUUUCUGAUCCUACGGAAUGUCUUCGUGUGUUCGUACCUUUUUUUGGUGGUGCUGACGAUCGUGAGGCAAUUACUUUCGCUCUCAGAUUGCUUGAAUAUCCAAAUGUUGAUGUAACCGUGUUGAGAAUAAAAAAAUCAGUAAAUCCUACUGAAAACAACGUCAUGCCCAAAACUCAACAAAUUGUCGACGAACUAAACGGUUGUCCUUCGCAUGUCCGAAGCAUGUCGACUAUUAAUUCUAAUUAUGCUGCCUUACAGGACUCUAAAGAUGAUGAAUUAAUUUGGACUAAUGUAAGGUCGAAAGAAAAUAGGCCCCAUUUGUGUUGUACAGAAAUUAAUUCUUUUACUCCAAUACAAGAUGCAAUUAAGGAGGCCAAAAACCAUUGUCACGAACGAAAAUACUUAGUUAUCCUAGGACGUAAUCGUUAUUCUACUGUGAAUGAAUCACAUCACAGUAGAUAUGGCAAUGAUACAUAUCAAUCUUUAGGAUACGUUGCUGAAGCAUUUUUAGCUGGAGGUAUUAUUCCAAGUCUUUUAGUAUUAGAGGCAAAGCACGUUGAACAAUGA